CCUCAUUUCAGAGAUAAUAUGUGACAUUUGCAGCAAAACGGAGGACUGACAUCUGAACAACAAUGCUAUUGCAGGACUUCUGGGACAAUUAUCGUCCCAAACAGAGGACUGACUGCAAAGAAUUAUUUACUGAUGCACAACUGGAGAACGAAAAGCUGUAAUUACUGAUGCAGCAUGGCAUUGUCUAUGGACCAGUGUGACGGAUACAGGGAAUGCCCUGAGGAAGCUGUUGCAUCACUAAUGGUUACUGCAGCUAGGUUUUCUGAUUUACCCGAGUUUUGUGACAUUAGGCCACUAAUUCUGGAUUAUUAUGUGGAUCAAAAGUUUGUUGAGAACAUAGCUUCAAAGCCACCCACAUUGGAGAAGAAGGUUCAGUUGACAUAGCAUUGGAGUUUUCAAUAAAGUGGGACUCCAAGGCCUUUGAACAAAGGAUGUCUAAACCUCCUGCAUUUAUACAGGUCUGGCCUACUGUGUUGCUGUAAUAACACCUGUAUCAGAUAUUCACAUAAAAUACAAAAUCCUGGGAUGUCAAAUUUUGGUGAAUUUCUUAUUUGGGAAAAAAAGUAUUGCUCUUUUGAAUUCUAAGGCAGUUGCAAUUUCGCAGUGCAAACCAUGAAAUUUUGGAUAUGUAUAGGGUUUCAGGCACAAGCAUCAAUCUGUGUAAGCAAAGCUAUGAAAUGGUGGGAGAAAACCCUAAAACUGAACAUGGUGGAGAUCCAUUCUGCUAAGAACUCAUUGAUUCUUUGCAUAAUGCUGGUGAUAGAUUGGUUGUAGUGGAUUUUUACUCACCUGGUUAUGGAGAUUGUAGAGCUCUCCAUCCCAAGUUUAGAAUACGAGCUUUCCUUCUACUGUGGUUUUCCCCCAUUUUCGUUUUACAAUCUUCCUACUAUGCUAUCUCAGCAGAAAAACCCACCUAGGGAUUUGCAACCUCUGCCGCCGCAGCCACAGUUAGCUUCAAAUCAUAGUCAUGCUCAACCCGAUAAGCAUACAUUCUCUAUAAGCAAGUUGGCAAAUCUGCAGAAGGGCCUAACAAAAGCAAAAGCGGCACCUCUCUUGGACAAGCUUGUUUUUGACAAGAUAAAACAAGAGCUAGGAGGACAAGUUCGUAUAAUGUUGUCUGGUGCUGCACCUUUGCCCAGGCAUGUGGAGGAAUUUAUCAGAAGGAUAUGUUUGUUAAAUCGUGUAGGCCUUACUGAAAGCUGUGGUGGGUGUUUUACGUCCCUUGGCAAUGUUUAUCCUAUGAUUGGAACUGUUGGUGCCCCCCUGACAACUAUUGAAGCGCGGCUUGAGUCGGUCCCAGAACUGGGAUAUGAUGCACUUUCUAGUGUGCCAUGUGGAGAGAUUUUCCUAGGAGGAAAAACCUUGUUUUCUGGUUACCACAAGCGACAAGAUCUAACUGAAGAAGUCCUUAUUGAUGGGUGGUUCCGUACAGGUGAUAUAGGAGGAUGGCAGCCUAAUGGAGCAAUGAAAGUUACAGACAGGAAAAUGGAAGUAUUUAAACUGUCUCAAGGUGAAUAUGUUGCUAUGGAAAGCAUUGAAAGCAAAUACUUGCAAUGGCCCCUUAUCACAUCGAUAUGGGUUUAUGGGAACGGCUUUGAGUCAUUUCUUGUUGCUGUGGUUGUUCCUGGCAGAAAGGCCUUGGAGGACUGGGCAGCUGAGCAUCAUUUGACUGAUGAUUACAAAUCAUUGUGUCAAAACCUGAAAGCAAGAAAUUACAUUUUGGAUGAGCUCAAUAUUACGGGUCAGAAACAGCAACUUCGAGGGUUUGAGUUGUUAGAAGCAGCUUCAAAAUUUGGUUCAGAUGGCAAAGAAGGAAGAUGAUGAGGUGGGCUCUAAUUUCUUCUCUUGACUCCUAUCUUGCUUUUCUUGGGAGGAAUUUUCUUAGUAGAUUUGGGUUUCCGGGAACAACUUUGAGUCGUUUCUUGCUGCUGUGGUGACUUUGGUGGACAGGACAGGUAGCUGAACAUCAUUUGACCAAUGACUUUAGAUCAUUGUGUCAAAACCUGAGGGCAAGAUAUGAAUUUUGGAUGAGUUUCCAGAUUCUGGGGAAAAUCACUUUGACACGGAGAGUGAUCUCUCAGAACUCUCAAAUGAGAGAGUACAUGCAAGAUUGGCUGUCCUCCUGUCCCACUGUCUGUGCGGCUGCUGAAAUUAUUGAGUCAUCAGCUAAUACCAAAUGUCAUGUGUGGCUGCCUUCUUAGUAGAUGAGUUAUUUUCCAGUCUUUAUAGCAGUGUAGUGGUGUUCCUCAGAUGCUGCAUGGUGCUCCUAGUAAUGCCACGUCGAUAGGAUGUAAACCCUCUCUAUAUAUGGAGGUCACGGUCCAUGAAGAUAGGGACUUCUCAUAAAGGUUUGGUGAAUAUAUUGGUCAAUAGGCAGUCAUGAUUAUGAAAGAUGAUGAUGAUGAUGACCUUGAAAGUGGAAAACCAAUUGCAUUCACUUUAGAGAAUAAUCUCCAAGUUAUUUCCUAGUUCCAGCGUUUGUGAUCAUUAAUGUUUUCUGGUGCUUGCUAUUUUUGGCGACUCGCAUGGCAUUCCUGACCAAGGCUUCCUGGGGCUUGUUUUGAUGUAUGAGUUGUUACUUGCUUUAUUGAUUUGUGCUGCCUUGCUGCUUAGUUUUUUGCUAUGCUUGUUGUAGAUUUUGUUUCUCUAAUUUCAGCUGCAUUUUUGUUUCUUUUCUGUUUUCGAGGUUGGGAGAUUUCCUUUGCCAACUGAUUUAGUUUGCGGCAUGGCUCUGUAAUUUUAUUUACUUUUAAUGUUGGGGGGAAUGGGGGUGAAGAAAAGAACAAACUAUCCGAUUUAGUUUGCUGCAUGCCUCUGUAAUUUUAUUUACUUUUAAUGUUGGGGGUGAAGAAAAGAACAAACUAUCGACUUAUCACUCAAAUCAGAGCGCACUCUGCACUUAUUUGCAAUAAGAUGUGUGGAUAUUCUUUCAAUUGUGUUUA